GAUAUACUACCCCACCUGCACCCCACCUCCCCGCUUUGAUCACCAAAGUCUACCAAGAAAGCAUACCAUUUCCAGAGGCUAUUAUCAACAGCUACAGUCGCAAUGGCUCCUCCUCCGGCUCCGGGCGUAUGGUGCCCUGCAGUAACCUUCUACACCCCCGAAAGCGACACGGCAACCUUGGAUCUUGCCGCACAGAAGCAGUAUUUCGCAUACCUCUCCAAAUCAGGUCUCACUGGUUUAGUCAUUCUUGGCUCCAAUGCCGAAGCAUUUCUCCUCACUCGUGAUGAGAAGAGGGCAUUGAUGAAAUGUGCUCGUGAGGCCGUCGGCCCCGACUACCCUCUGAUGGUCGGCAUCUCAGGCUUCUCUGUACCCCAGGUAAUGGAGAACAUUAGCGAUGCAAUUGAGGCUGGAGCAAACUAUGGGCUUUUGCUACCAGCGGCAUACUAUGGGCCAGCGGCUUCUAAAGAAGUCGUCAUGGCCUUCUACAAUGAGGUCGCGCAGAAAUCCGAAUUGCCUAUCGUCAUCUACAACUUCCCGGGUAUCUGCAACGGGGUGGACCUUGAUUCUGUCACGAUAGCCGCGCUCGCAAGACAGAACCCUGGCAAGAUCGUCGGGGUGAAGUUGACGUGUGGCAGCGUCGCGAAGAUAACCAGGCUAUGUGCUGAGCUGCCGAGCGAUACCUUCUCCACGUAUGCGGGUCAGGCAGAUUGGUUGGUCGCUGGCCUCGCGGUCGGAAGUGCAGGAUGCGUGUCGGCAUUCAGCAACGUUUUUCCGAAGGUCUGCUCGACAAUCUACGAGUGGUAUACUACUGGCAAGCCUCAAGAGGCCUUGGAACUGCACCGAAAGGCAGCGCUGGCAGAGAGUCCGAUCAAGGCUGGAAUCGCACCAACGAAGCAUGCUGUUAGUCAAUACAGUGCGAAAGCUGCUGGUAUCGAGGGCGCAGAGGAAAAGCUCAGCCCAAGGCGACCAUACUUGCCAGUUAGUGACGCGAUCAAGACGAACGUAAAGGAUGCCAUGGAAGAGCUUGCUACGAUAGAGAGCAUCUUGUAAAAGAGGCUGAGAGGAUACCUAGGUAGGGUUUCCUAGUUAGUUCCGGUAGAAGUACUCGCAUCUCGCGCCAUGGCAAGCAUAGCAUCCCCAUCAUCACUUCCAAAUGUAUAAUAUGUGACGGACGGCCUCCGCUCUCGAAGAUAUUCUCGUUCCUGUAAUGAAGCCAGGAGCCGAGACAAGGACUCGUGAAAGUGCAGACCCUUGAUUUAGCGGCGCACGUGCCUUAUCGAUAACCAACAUUCACGUCUCGAACUUUUUCCUACGCUACUCAACACAACGAAAUGGCGGCGCAAAGAGGAGCAAGCGGUAUUGAAAAGAAGAAGCGG